AUGAGGCAGGGUGCUACAUUUAUCGUGAAACCUUUACAUGACCCGAGUGGGGAAUUUGCAAUAGUUCUAUACGACCCGACUGUCGAUGAUGUGGACGAGGCCCCGGAAUCGAAGAACCCGGAUGAGCAGAGCGCGGAAGGGACAAAAGCCAAGUUGGACGAGCCUUUGAUGCAUAAGAGCUUGGCAGACAUACUUGGGUUAAAAAAGGACGUUGAAUCUCGUCCGAAGGUUCCGGUUGUCAUAGACCCUAGACUGGCAAAAGUUCUGCGGCCGCAUCAAGUGGAAGGCGUGAAGUUCCUCUACCGCUGUACAACUGGUAUGAUUGAUAAAAAUGCAAAUGGAUGUAUCAUGGCCGAUGGGAUGGGCUUGGGAAAGACACUCCAAUGCAUCUCUCUAAUGUGGACUCUCUUGAAACAAUCACCAGAAGCAGGAAAGACGACCAUUCAAAAAUGUAUCAUUGCCUGUCCCUCCAGCCUGGUUGGGAAUUGGGCGAACGAACUCGUAAAAUGGCUAGGGAAAGAUGCGGUUACCCCAUUCGCAGUUGAUGGGAAAGUUCCCAAGGCCGAGCUUACGUCGCAGAUAAAGCAAUGGGCAAUUGCUUCGGGGCGAUCCGUGGUUCGGCCUGUUCUUAUCGUCUCCUACGAAACACUACGAAUGUAUGUCGAUGCAUUGAAGGACAGUCCAAUUGGGCUGCUUUUAUGCGACGAGGGCCACCGACUCAAGAAUAAAGAAAGCUUGACAUGGACCGCUCUCAACAGUUUAAAUGUUACUCGUCGGGUGAUCUUGUCCGGUACUCCCAUCCAGAAUGAUCUUUCCGAAUACUUUGCUCUACUCCAUUUUGCAAACCCAAACCUCCUGGGGUCACAGAAUGAGUUUCGGAAACGAUUCGAGAUUCCCAUCCUAAAAGGACGAGAUGCAGCGGGAACAGAGGAAGAUCGAAAGAAAGGCGAUGAACGUUUGCUGGAGCUUUCCGGUAUUGUCAAUAAAUUCAUCAUUCGCCGAACCAACGACAUCCUUUCAAAGUAUUUGCCGGUCAAAUACGAGCAUGUUGUUUUCUGCAAUCUUUCUCAAUUCCAGCUUGGUCUCUACAACCAUUUCAUUCAGAGUCCAGAAAUCAAGAGUCUACUCAGGGGGAAGGGAAGUCAGCCCCUUAAGGCAAUCGGACUUUUGAAGAAAUUAUGCAACCAUCCAGAUCUCCUGGACCUUUCUAGAGACCUUCCGGGAUGCGAACACACGUAUCCAGAAGACUACGUCCCACCUGAAGCCAGAGGGCGAGACCGAGAUAUCAAAUCUUGGUACUCAGGCAAGAUGAUGGUUUUGGACCGUAUGCUGGCGCGUAUACGCCAAGAUACAAAUGACAAGAUUGUUCUUAUCAGCAACUACACCCAAACUCUUGACCUUUUUGAGAAGCUUUGCAGAUCUCGAGGUUACGGCUCGCUGAGGUUGGACGGUACCAUGACCGUGAACAAGCGGCAGAAACUUGUGGAUAAAUUCAAUGAUCCAAAUGGUGAAGAGUUCGUCUUCCUACUCAGCAGCAAGGCCGGUGGCUGUGGGCUGAAUUUGAUCGGUGCCAACCGCCUUGUGCUCUUUGAUCCCGAUUGGAAUCCCGCUGCGGAUCAACAAGCUCUGGCGCGAGUUUGGCGUGACGGACAAAAGAAGGAUUGCUUUGUCUAUCGCUUCAUUGCCACCGGCUCUAUCGAGGAAAAGAUUUUCCAACGUCAGUCUCACAAGCAAUCACUCUCGUCAUGCGUCGUGGACUCUGCAGAGGAUGUUGAGCGACAUUUCUCCCUAGAGUCACUUCGCGAGUUAUUUCAAUUCAAACCGGAAACGCGAAGCGAUACGCAUGACACCUUCAAAUGCAAACGAUGCAGGCCAGACGGAACACAGCACAUCAAAGCUCCCGCCAUGUUGUAUGGUGACACCAGUUCCUGGAACCAUUUUGUCAACGAUGGAGAAAAGGGCCAUCUCAGUAAGAUCCAAGAUUUGCUCAUACGCCAGGAGACUGGGGAGCAAGAUGUGUCUGCAGUCUUUCAGUACAUCAGUCAUUGA